AGAGGCUGAAGCGAAGCUCGAGGCCUUCAACAGUUCAGUUUUGUCAAUGGCGAUGAAUCUUCUGCGGUAUCCUCUCUGGUAUCAGGUGAAACUCUUUCCUGGUUCUGAAACAAAGCUUAAUGCACUUCCGUUACGGCUAAAUCCUCCAAUCCGCCGGCGACGUUUACUGAAAUUCCGACCAAAUUCUCUGAGAGCAAAGAGCAUUGAAGUUGGUUCCCCUGUAGGAGCACCUCUGCUGCAACGAAAGCGAGAUGUUGAGUCUUUGGUACUUCUCGAUAUCACGGGGAUGAUGUGUGGUGCUUGCGUUUCUCGUGUCAAAUCGAUCUUAGCUUCUGACGACCGUGUUGAUUCGGUUGUUGUUAACAUGUUGACUGAAACCGCAGCAAUCCGUUUAAGAUCGGAGGUCGUCGAAAAUGGAAUCCCGGUUGACAUUGUGGAGGAUCUGUCUCGAAGAUUGACGGAACGUGGAUUCUUGGCUAAAAGGAGGUAUUCGGGGUCAGGUAUUGGGGAGAAUGUGAGGAAGUGGAAGGAAAUGGCGGAGAAGAAGGAGGCCAUGCUGGCCAAGAGCCGUAGCAAGGUAGCUUUAGCUUGGACAUUGGUGGCUUUGUGCUGCGGCUCUCAUGCCUCGCAUAUACUUCAUUCCCUUGGGAUUCAUGUCGCUCAUGGAUCAUUUUGGGACUUUUUGCAUAAUUCGUACGUGAAAGGUGGAUUGGCUCUGGGGGCUCUGCUCGGACCGGGCCGAGAUUUGCUCUUCGAUGGUCUACAAGCAUUUGCAAAGAAAUCUCCAAAUAUGAACUCGCUUGUUGGAUUUGGAUCAAUUGCUGCUUUUCUUAUAAGUGCGGUGUCAGUGCUGAACCCUGGGCUUGAGUGGGAUGCUUCAUUCUUUGAUGAACCGGUCAUGCUCCUUGGUUUUGUACUUCUUGGACGUUCUCUGGAAGAAAAAGCGAGGCUCAGGGCUUCUAGUGAUAUGAAUGAACUCUUAUCCCUAGUAUCAUCUCAGUCACGAUUGGUGGUUACAUCCUCUGAAGGAGAUCCCUCUGCUGAUGUGCUUAGCUCUGAUGCAAUUUGCAUUGAAGUGCCUACUGAUGAUGUUCGAGUUGGAGACUCAGUGCUAGUUUUUCCUGGGGAAACUAUUCCUGUAGAUGGGAGAGUUCUUGCUGGGAAAAGUUUCGUGGAUGAAUCCAUGCUCACAGGGGAAUCACUUCCUGUAUUUAAGGAAAGAGGGCUGACAGUUUCAGCUGGGACAAUAAACUGGGAUGGUCCUUUAAGAAUUGAAGCCUCUACCACAGGUUCUAUGUCAACAAUUUCCAAGAUUGUUCGCAUGGUUGAAGAGGCUCAAGGCCAUGAGGCACCCAUACAAAGGCUUGCAGACUCAAUUGCAGGGCCAUUUGUAUAUAGUGUAAUGACUUUAGCAGCUGCAACGUUUGGUUUCUGGUACUACAUUGGGAUACACAUAUUUCCAGAUGUGUUACUCAACGAUAUUGCUGGGCCUGAUGGAAACCCGUUGCUUUUGAGCUUGAAGCUUUCUGUUGAUGUCUUAGUAGUUUCCUGCCCCUGUGCCCUUGGCCUUGCAACACCCACAGCUAUCCUUGUUGGCACAUCUCUUGGGGCAAGACAAGGGCUUCUUAUACGAGGAGGGGAUGUACUGGAACGCUUGGCUGGCAUAGAUUUAAUUGCGUUAGAUAAAACAGGGACCCUCACAGAAGGAAAACCUGCUGUUUCUGCUGUCUCUUCAUUGAUUGACAAUGAAGAGGAGAUUCUUCAGAUUGCUGCUGCAGUGGAGAAAACAGCAUCACAUCCAAUUGCUAAGGCUAUUGUAGAUAAAGCAGAAUCACUGAGUUUUAAAAUCCCUAACACAAGAGGACAAUUAACAAAACCAGGUUUUGGAUCCUUGGCAGAAGUGGAUGGGUCUUUGGUUGCGGUUGGUGCAAUUGAAUGGGUUCAUGAACGUUUCCAGAAAAAGACAGCCCUAUCUAAUUUAAUGGAUCUGGAAGAUAAUGUGAAGCGCCUAUCAUCAAAUGAGGUACCAUCAACAAACCAUUCAAAAACAGUUGUUUAUGUUGGACGUGAGGGAGAAGGUGUAAUUGGAGCAAUUGCAAUAUCUGAUAGUUUACGAGAUGAUGCUAGAUCAACCAUAAUGAGCCUCCAGCAAAGGGGUAUCAAAACAGUGCUCCUUUCAGGCGACAGGGAAGAGGCAGUGGUAACGGUAGCUAAUGCCGUUGGAAUUGGAAGUGAAAGUAGAAGUGCAUCUUUAACUCCACAGCAGAAGUCUGGUGCCAUUUCUGCUCUUCAAGCUAAGGGACAUCGUGUUGCAAUGGUGGGAGAUGGCAUAAAUGAUGCACCUUCUUUGGCCCUUGCUGAUGUUGGGAUAGCUUUGCAAGUUGAAGCGAAAGAAAAUGCUGCCUCUGAUGCAGCAUCUGUUAUUCUUCUCGGGAACACACUUUCACAGGUGGUGGAUGCAUUCGACCUUGCACAGGCAACAAUGUCAAAAGUCCGUCAGAAUUUGUCAUGGGCAGUAGCAUAUAAUGCUGUUGCGAUCCCAAUUGCUGCAGGAAUAUUACUUCCACAAUUUGAUUUUGCUAUGACGCCUUCACUUUCAGGUGGGCUGAUGGCUUUGAGCUCCAUAUUUGUUGUCACCAACUCACUACUUCUACAGCUUCAUAGACCUGCUACAAAGCGAGAGAACCAAAACUGCUAACGGCUGAAGCUGGAUUUUCAGGUGGUUUUGCUUUGCUCAUUU